AUGUAUGAUGGCGACGAUGUCUAUCCACCAACCACCGACCACAAUAGCCCGACAAGUAGCUGCAAUUUGGCUGGAACGAGUCGCGCCAUCGCCACCCUCCGUCAACAGGGCCAAUCCGAAUUGAUGUGCUCGAUUUUGGAUGAUUUGUUGUGUGGCCAAAUGAUGCUAGAAAGUCGCCUUGAUGUGCUUCGUCGAGAGGACGAUGGUGGUCGUGCUCAGGUGCUGCCACCAACAAAAUUGAUCGCCUGCUGCGUGUCGCCCUCGAAUCGACCGACAAAACAUUUCAAUCUCAACUUGCGCUUCAUCCCAAUUGCUUCUGCCGCCCUGUCGUCCGGAUUCGGGUUCCCCAGCCCGCAGGCUGACAUUCGGGUAGCUGUGGAAGGGAUGGCGAACACGUUGAUCGAAACCAAUCGAAAGAAGCUGCAGCGACGUCGAAGUCCAUUCACGGAGGAAGAGCUGCUUUCCUACGGCUUCACCCUCGAACAAUUGCCCCGUAUCGUCCCCACCUCAUUUUCCAUCCAAGGGCCCCCACAA